AUGAGUGCGGCUGGGGCAGCAGAGAACCUUCUGGCUUUGUGCCAACAGGAAGAACUAGUGGAUUUGCCAAAAGACUACACCGUGAGCACCAGUGAAGAUGAAGGGGACAGUGAUAGGGAGUGGAAGCAUCGGAAGCUUCUGGAAGCAAUCCGUUCCCUUGAUGGAAAGAGUAGGUGGGAGUCGGCUGAGAGAUCAGAGGCACACCUGAACAUGUCAGAGUUCAAUGUCAGUUCUGAAGGAAUAGGAGACAAGCUGGUCCUCGCAGAUCUGCUGCAGCCCAGUAAAGCUUCGUCCUCCUUGGCCGCUGUGAGAAAGCAACUGAAGAGAGUGCAAUCAAAGACUGUGGAGUUGCCCCUUUGCGCGGAAGAGGUUGCGCGGAUCCACAGAGAGGUGGCAUUCAGUCAAACCUCCCAAGCUCUCUCCAAAUGGGAUCCCAUAGUUGUAAAGAACCGGAAGGCCGAGCAGCUGGCUUUUCCCCUGCAGAAGGAGCCGGGAGCCUUUGCUCCCAUCGAACACGUGCUCAGAGGCUGGAAGGCAAGAACUGCCCUGGAGGAGGAAAUUUAUAACGUCCUCCACAAGAACAAGCAGCCAGUGCUAGACCCUUUACUGACGCCAGCAGAAAAGGCUUCGCUCAAAGCCAUGAGCCUGGAAGAGGCCAAGCUACGCCGAGCCGAGCUUCAGAGGGCCCGGGCCCUGCAGUCCUAUUACGAGGCCAGGGCUCGGAGGGAGAAGAGGAUCAAGAGCAGAAAGUAUCGCAGAGCUGUGAAGAAAGGAAAGGCCAAGAAAGCCCUAAGAGAGUUGGAAGCUCUGGGGAAGGUCUGUCCUACCGCAGCAUUAGGACGGGAGACGACGGGAAAGGCCAGGAUGAUGGAGCGACUGAGCCUGAGGCACCAGGACAACGGGAAACGGGCCAAGUCAAGGGCAGUCAGGGCCCGGUAUGACCCAGCGGCUCGCCAGGCCAUGCAGGAGCAAUGGGCCAAGAACAAGGAACUGGUGCAGAAGCUCCAGGAGCCUUCGGAGAGUGAGGAAGAGGAGGGAGGUGCAGAGGAGGUUGGACUCCUUGUCCCUGACGUCUCGCACCGAGUCCCAGUGAACACACACGGGCCAAACCCCUGGAUGCACAGAAGUUGCACCAGUGACGCGAGAGAGGCGGAAAUCCAGAAGGACCCUGCCCAACUCCCUAGGCAUGCAAGCUGCGGGGGUUCAGAAAGGGAGGAGGAAGAAAGCCCGGUAGCAGAAGAGGAACCCUUGAAAGAAUUUGAGGAAAGGCCAUCUCUUAGGAAGAGGGCGGAGCCCGGCCAGGAUGCUGAGCCCGUGGGACAGCAAGAAACACAAGACCCUAGCAGCCAGGAGGUGCUGUCCGAAUUGAGGGCACUGUCCUUGCAACUCGGCAAGGAAAGCCAUCGGUUGAGGAAGCAAAGAGUGGAUUCCGUGGGGGCGGUCCUCCUGGUCCAGGACGAGAAGGAGCCCUUACUGCUGCAGAGGCCAGAGGGAGUGCGGCCGCUGGAAGAGCUGGAGGCGCUGGGCCUCAGAGGCUGUUUGCAGAACACAGGGCCCCCCAGAUGUGUGUUCCGAGGGCAGCAGACGGAGAGAAAUCCAGACACGCAGCCUGACGCCCCGAGGAAGAAGAAGAGGGUGCGAAUGAUUGACCUGCAGGACCUCCUAACCACUCAUUCUCCUGGGAAGUCCAUGGCAGGUCCCACUGUGAUAGAGGAGUUGGAAGGUGAAGAGGAGAGAGACGAAAGGCAGAUGAUAAAGGAUGCUUUCGCUGGGGAUGAUGUCAUCAGAGACUUCUUAGACGAGAAGAGGGCAGCUGUGGAGGCGAAUAAGCCAAAGGACGUGGACCUGAUGCUGCCUGGCUGGGGCGAGUGGGGUGGGGUGGGCCUGCAGCCCGGCGCCAGGAAAAGACGCCGGUUUCUCAUGAAAGCCCCUGAGCGGCCUCCAAGAAAAGACGAGAAUUUGCCCAACGUGGUGAUCAGUGAGAAGCGCAACAUCUGUGCUGCAGUUCAUCAGGUGCACGCCCUCCCGUUCCCCUUCACCCACCGUCAGCAAUUCAAAAGGACCAUCCAGACCCCUGCAGGAUCUACGUGGAACACCCAGAGGGCCUUCCAAAAGCUGACUAUGCCCAGGGUUGUCACCAAGCCAGGCCAUAUCAUCACUCCCCUCAGCGCCGAGGAUGUGGGAUACCGGUCUUCCUCGAGGUCGGACCUCUCUGUGGUGCAGAGGAACCCCAAACCACUCUCCAUCCGUCACAAGAAAUGGCUGAAGAAAAGCUCUGUGGCCUGA